UUUGGGGCAAUCUACCUAUAGCAUGAAUGACACCAAGCACCAGCCUUUGUUCUUUGUCAGUCUGCCAGAGUUAGAAAAACUCUGUGCUGCUACAGUAACACUGAGUUCUCAGAUACCAGAAAGUGAGACAAGGAGUACACAGAUAAAUAUUUGCAGGCAGUUAUUAUUCCUGCAUCAAGACAUCCUUUCUGCACCUCUUAUUGGAACACUAAAUCAAAUUUCAGUCGUAAUGGCGAUACCAUUUUACAAAUCAGGAAUAUGUCAGGCCUACAUAGAGAAACAAGGAGCUACUCUGCAAGCACCACAGACAGUUAGUCCAGCCAUUCUGCAAGCUUGUCUCUCCUACACACUGACAGCCAGACUUGCACCCAGGUGGAACAAAGCUGGUCAUUUCUUGGUGCAAGGAAAAGAUUUUUUGUCUCAUUCAGGAAGGCAAAAUGCUGUUGUCAUAGACCUCAAUGUAUCAGAGAGACAGCUUUGCAUCAGUGUGGAGGCUUGCUCGGUUCGGUUGCCACCCCCUGAGCUGUCAGAUUUUGAUAUUUCAGCAAACAUCUUAAAGCUGUUUGAUACCAAUGAAAAUACAGUUAUUCAGCAACAUUACAUAUUAAGUAACUGGUGCUAUGUUUUGCCAAGCAUGAAAAUGGGUCAGAUUAUAAACAUCAGCCACAUAAUUCCACCAGAAUCUCCUUUCCAUUCAUAUAAAGAACUUCAGAUGCACUGGAAGAAUCUGUAUGGAUAUAUUCUUCCAGAGGAUCUUAAAGAGAAAAAAAUAUACUUAAGCGUUUACUUCAAACCAAUAGGAGAAAGGUUCUUUACGUACCCCUUAAGUUGCAUUCGAAGUCAGCCAGUGCAGUAUUUCUCCAGAACAAAUUCGGAAAGCGUGUUGAACUCAUUUCUUUCUGAUCUUAAACAUAAUCUUUCACAUCUAUGUGGAUUUCCAGUGAGAAUGACAAGUAAAGCACUUUACGCUACACAGGAACUCUCCAGGGCUCCGGAAAUAAAAUCUAAGCAUAUGAACUUGGCUGGUGAGAUGGUUUGUGUAGUAUCUCUAACACAGGCUCCUUCAAGGAAACAGACUUUGCCUGGAAUUUCUUCACCAUGCAGUAUGGAAAACAGCCACUGGAUGGAGCAUUUGAUCAAAGAGCCAGAAACAAACGGUUUUUCGAGUAGCAGUAAGAAUAUAGGAAAGGUUACCAUUGAAGCAACAGCGAUAUCAAUGAAUAACAGGCAAAUACCAGAAGUACCAGAGUUAACAGUUGCGAAAUCACUAGGAAUGCCUGUAAAUUCAGCCUUUGAGCUCCCAUCGCAGAAAGUCAGCAAAAUUAUACCAAUUUUCAAGGGAAAGUUGUUGCAAAUGAAUGGAAGGACCACAUAUCAUAUGGAUGGGAAGAAAAGAGAAAGUGCUGAAAGACAUUCACCAAUGAAAAUUAUGGGGGUUUCAUCUUCUAUGCUGACUGGGUACAAGCCCAGCAUGACUCAGGUUUACAAACCUGUUCAAAAUAUGUCAGUUAAAAAUCCUGCUCAUAGCAGCAUACUUCAGGUAACAAACACGAAAACAUAUGUAAAACGUGGUGCACCUGUAUUUCAAUGGAAAACGGAGUCUUCUGGACAAAUGACUAGUUCUGAUUUGUCUGAUAACGCAGCUUCAGGUGGGAAUUCGAGUGAAGCCAAUCACAGAAUGGCAAAUUUUCCUUCCUUUCUUAAGAAUGUUGGGUCAGUGCUUCAGAAAUCAAACAUCAGUUUAAGUCUGAAUGCAUAUGAAUCUCCUGUGUCCAGUGCAAGAAGGGGAAAAAAGGUUGCAAGUCAAAAUACCAUGCAAGUUCUUCAGAAACAAAACCAGUCAAAGAAAGUAGAUUUGCAGAUUCGUAAAUUAGUCAAUGAAAUGACAAAUUCCAGUUUAUCACAGCAACAAAGAAAGAGAUCAAAUGAAAGCGCAGGGUUAAAUAUUAAUGAAUCUAUCUUAAAAGGUACAGCGUGCAUCACCAAAAAUGAAGAAAAUAAAGCAGCAUGCCACUAUAUGGACUGUAUUGCUGAGACAAUCAGCCAUCUUUCCAAAUCUAACUUUGAACAGGUGAUUACAGGGAACAAGUAUCUGACAUAUGAAACACUGACCUCAAAACUGACUUCCUCAGUCAAGGAGAGCGAUGUGGAAGAAUUUGUAAAGAAAAGUUGUGCCAGAAGAAGACAGGUUCCCAAGAGGGCAUUAACAUACUUGAGGAUCUCUGAGCUUUGUGAACUGCUGUUUAUUUCACAUCUUUUAUACCUGUUUCUGAGUGAAAAACUGAGUGUUAAGUACAUGCAGUCAAGUGAAACCAUGUAUCUAGAAUUUUUCAAGUUCAGGUUAAUAAGCAAGUGUCUCUAAAGAAUUUGAAAAUGUAGCUAAUUGCUUAGGUUUUGAAUCACAUUAUAUCUGUUCUAGUACUUGCACUUAAUCAUUCUUCCAAGUUAGUUUUAAGUUUCAAGUCCGUCUUUUUAUGAUAUAGUUAUAUUUCAUUCCUUGCUGCAAUGUCUAGGCCUCUGUUUCAUCAGUAAAACAUUCCUAAGUAACUUUUCCUUGUCAAGUCCAAUGGUUAGAAACCAAUUGGUCCAUUUUUUCUUAGGGGAAUAAGCCGGAGGAUGGAUUUGACUCAAGCUUCUUUAAUUCUUAUUAUAUAUUCUAAUGAAUUAAAAAAUGAGCAGAAUUUUGCCUUAUUACAGUGACAGCUUUUGUUUUGUUUUGCUGUUUCUCAGAUGGUGACUGUUAACAUAACCGAUUUAAUGGUGCCAGUGUUUAAAAGGGAUUGGGCACUUCAACAACAUGUAUUUUUCUCAUACUUAACACAAAGAAUACAAAACCACACAAAUAUUACAAAAAUUAGAGCAAUAUACGGAGUGAGGAAUCAAUAUUUACAUUUUGUCCGGAAGUUGGUAUACAAAAGUGCCUUUCAAAUGCUGUGGAUUCUUUCAUAAUUUGCCUAUAUGUAAUUGAUCUUUUUCUUGUCUUACAGUAUGAAAAAGCCUGUAGAGCAGUUCCAUUUCUGCUGUGCUAGAUAAAUUAAUGCUUCAUCUGAUCUGUUUCCUAUUGUUGCCUUUUAAAUGUUGCUGGUUGACAAUAUUUGCCUUGUAUUAUAAUUGAAUUAAUUUUGCAUUAUUCUUGCAUUUUCAAAUAUUAACCUAAUUUUGUGUUACGUAUUAUAAUACUUAAAAUAUAGAAAAUUAAAUUAUUGCAGGUCCAUUUUCUUACAUUUAAAAUAAACUACUGAAUUAUUUAUUUUUGCCAAAUUGCUAAA